AUGAAUAGUGCACUCUGCACCUUGUCCCUCUUCCCAGCCUCCUCUCUCGUUCUCUUCCAUGCCAAAUCGGCGUCCAACGACGUCGUCUCCGACACCUGCAAGAAGUGUGCGGCCUCGAACCCGAACGUGAACUACGACCACUGCAUGAAGGCCCUCGGGUCGGACCCGAAGAGCCGCAUGGCGGACCUCCAUGGCCUGGGCGCCAUCGCGCUCACCCUGUUAGAAAGAAGCAAGCAGGACCCGUACGUCCGGAAGUGCUUGUCGGAUUGCUCAGACCUGUACUCGGAUGCGGCCGAGACCGCAAAGGAAGCGGUUGGGGCGUACCAGGCGAAGCGUUACCUGGACGUCCAGAACUCGGUGACCACGGAUGCGGACAUGUGCGAGAGCCAGUUCAAGGAGAAGCAGGGCGUGAGCUCGCCGUUGACGAAGCAGAACGGCGACGGGAUGCAGCUGUCGUACAUCGAACUUGCCAUUGUUGCGAUUGUUACGGGCUCGUGA